AUGGAAUACGAUGCUUCAAGCUGCACGAUUUCAUGUGCCAAGAUAUUGAAUAUGCCUGCAAAAACUUCAGAUUCUAACAAUAGUAAUAAUUACUACACGUUGCCGGCAAGCAAGCGCAUGAGACACGACAACGCGGUCAUUACUAUUAAUGCCCCCUCAACAACAGCAACGGCAAAAUUCAAAGGGGUUGUGCCUCAGCAAAAUGGACAUUGGGGUUCACAGAUAUAUGCCAACCACCAGAGGAUAUGGCUUGGGACAUUCAGAUCUGAAAAGGAAGCAGCCAUGGCUUAUGAUAGCGCAGCAAUCAAGCUUCGCAGUGGGGAUUCACAAUAUAGAAACUUUCCAAGUACAGACCGGACUGCUCAAGAGCCUACAUUCCAGAACCAUUACAGUACAGAAGCUGUCUUAAACAUGAUUAGGGAUGGCUCCUAUCCAUCAAAGUUCGCUGCUUUUCUUCGUACACAAUCUCAAAACAACGAAAAUAUUGGAAUCUGCAUUCUGAAACAAACAAGGAUAGUGCAUGGCGAUGGACACUUUUCAUGCAGCCAACUUUUUCAAAAGGAGUUGACACCAAGCGACGUAGGAAAGCUUAAUAGACUUGUCAUUCCGAAAAAAUAUGCCGUCAGAUAUUUUCCUUACAUUUGUGAAAGUUUGGAAAGCAAAAGUACUACUACUACUGGAUUAUCAGGUACCGCUCAUGUAGAUGACGUUGAGUUAGUAUUCUAUGACAAGCAUAUGAAGCAGUGGAAAUUCCGGUACUGUUAUUGGAGGAGUAGCCAAAGUUUCGUAUUCACAAGAGGUUGGAAUAAAUUUGUGAAGGAAAAAAAAUUGAAUGCUCUUGAUAUUAUCACAUUCUACACAUGUGAAAGUGGUGAAAAGGGAAAAGAUGGUGAGACAUUUUGUUUUAUAGACGUGAUUUAUAAUGGGGGUGAUCAUCAGAGCAAGAAUUGUUUGGCUGAAUAUCAGGGGAUGAUCGGUGAUGAUCAGUCAUCAUUGCAGGUGGAAUUAGAGUUAAAUUUGGGAAAAAAUGUUGGGUACAAAGUAGAUUAUAAGGAUGACAAAGGAUCAUAUUCGAAGGAAGAUGAUCAGAAGGGAAAGGGAAAGCUUAGCCAUCUCCUAGGGACUGGACCAAAGGAAGGGAAUCCACGGUAUGAUGCGUGGGAUGAAGCAGAUUCCAUGAUUAUGUCAUGGUUAUGGAAUUCGAUGAACCCGGAGAUUAGCUACACUUGUAUGUUUUUAUCCACAACUAAAGAAAUCUGGGAUGCAGUUCAACAGACGUACUCGAAGGCCCGUGAUGCAACUCAAGUAUACAAGAUCAAGGUCAAGACCAGUGCAACUAAACAAGGAAGUAAAACUGUAACCGAAUAUGCCAACUUGCUGAAAAAUAUGUGGCAGGAACUUGAUCAUUACCGGUGCAUAGAGACUAAAUGUGCAUCAGAUGCUGCCAUCUUAAAAAGUUUUAUUGAAAAGGAUCGAGUCUACGACUUCCUCGCAGGACUCAACGUAGAAUUCAAUCAGGGGAGUUAUGCUGAAAUCCCAAGUUCUGGAAGGUUCAACCAUGUUGACUAA